AUGGAGUACCCCAUGGUGGAACCGGGAGCUAGAGGAUCUGCGACAGAAGCCCAGAGGCUAUAUAAAAACCGCAUCAACGCGGUAAGAAUCAAGGGAUGGAGGGACUACUGCGAGGAUAUCGAGGGAUAUCCUGAUGCGGCCAGACUCCUCCGGUUACUCGCGAAAAAUCCUAAGGUAUGGCUUGAAGCAAUCAGACUGCCUACAGGAGAAUACACAACCUCGGAAGAGGAGUGUUUAAAACUACUUCUGGAAGCUAACUUCCCGGGCUUUCUCUUCACCCUAACCAGCAUGCGUACAGUUGUCAAAGAGGCAGGACUACAUGGGAUGCCUGGACCAUUACUAAACUGGCUUCAGGGCAUGCUUACACGCAGGACUGUGAUCUCGAGUCUCGGAACCGUAACGGUCUCCGGUAAGGUCAGUAAGGGAUGCGCGCAGGGCGGGGUGGUGUCGCCCACCAUUUGGUGCCUGGUGGCAAAUGGGCUACUGGAAGCGCUGAAUGGGUGGGGCUGCUAUGCUCAAGCCUACGCGGACGAUUUCCUGAUACUGAUAAAAGGAAGUGAAAUUGGCCCAGCCAUGGACGCCAUUCAGCUUGCAUUAAGGAAAGUGGAGAGAUGGUACUGCUCGACGGGACUUUCGGUUAACCCGGAUAAAGUCGAAAUGGUGAUCUUCUCCCGUAAGUACAAGUUAGAUGCCUACAGAGCGCCCAAACUCUCUGUAGUCGCCCUACAGGUAAAGGACUCAGCUAAGUACCUCGGCAUUGUUCUGGAUAAAAAGUUAACCUGGGAGAAGCAUCUCACGGCCCAGUGCGAUAAAUUCCUGGUGGCUCUCUGGAGAUGUCGCAGGGCAUUUGGCAGUACAUGGGGACUAAGUCCCCGGAUUAUACUGUGGCUAUACAGGGCCGUCCUGGUACCUCGUCUGGCCUACGCCGCGUUGGUCUGGUGGCCAAGGGCGGAGCUGUCGGAUGCUAGGGCAACGCUAGAAAAACUCAAGGGACAGGUGCUAAGGGGGGCGACAGGGGCCUAUAGGAUCACGCCUACCAAGGCACUUGGAAUCCUUGUGAAGGUGGAACCACCCCAUCUUACUAUCAUUGGGAUGGCUGCUAAGGCAGCGCACCGACUCAAUGCGUACGGACAAUGGACACAAGGCACGAGGCACACCCGGCUCCCGGGUGGGGUGGGUCUCUUGCCGGAAUUUUCCAUCAAAACUGAUAUGAUGAUUCCACGCUACUUCUUUGGAAGAAGAUACGGGGUCGUGAUACCGACAAGAGAAGAAUGGAAGGUCCGCAGGGACAGUCUACCAGGAACUGAGGACGUCUGGUACACAGAUGGAUCUAGGGCAGAGACUGGCACUGGUUCGGGGUACUACUGCCAAAGGGGUGGAAGGGGAACCUUCUUUUCCCUAGGGCAGUAUGCUACGGUCUUCCAGACCGAGAUAUACGCUAUACUGACCUGCGCUCAGAGAAAAAUUGAACUCGGCGCAAGGGAUAGAAUUAUCACUAUUUGCUCAGACAGUCAGGCGGCACUUAGAGCACUCAUGGCUCAUAGGACGACCUCCAGACUGAUCUGGGAAUGCAAAGUGGUUAUAAAUCAGCUGACCGCUCACAACAACAAGGUGAGGCUGCUCUGGGUCCCAGGGCACACCGGGAUCAGGGGUAACGAAAUAGCAGAUAGACUUGCAGCUUUGGGAGCUAAACACCCUCCAAUCGGGCCGGAGCCCUACACAGGUGCCGCAAGGUGCCUGCUAACGGGCGAAAUCCGGGGCUGGAUUGAGAGGGAACAUACUAAGGAAUGGCAAAAAACUCAAGGAUGCAGACAAGCCAAAGCGGUAAUAAGACAGGACACCAAUAUCGGCUGGACCAAGUGCAUCGCAGGAGGCAGCAGAAAUAACUCCCGACUCCAGACACAGAUAGUGACCGGGCACAUCCGCUUAAGGUACCACGGUCUGAAGAUGGGGAAGGAGGCUACGGGUAUAUGCAGGUGGUGCGAGGGGGCGGAAGAAACGUCUACCCAUGUACUGACUGUUUGCCCAAAAUUUACGCAGCUCAGACAUCAGUGCUUGGGGGAGCUUUUCCCCACGUAUGAAGAGAUUAGGGCACUCGACGCGGGAGCCAUAUUGACCUUCUGGAGCCUAAGUGCUAGGGAUCUUGGUGGUCCCCCCUUCAUAACUCAGAAAAAGAAAGUAAAUGCAUCAGCAUGCAGACUUAUGCAAUUAAGUAAAUUGUUAGAAGAAGAUGCAACUGACGAUACAUUGUAUAUUUUCGGUGUAGAAAUUCAUGAAAAUGAAGACUGGUAUGAGAGCCUAAAAGUAGGCAAGAAAUUUUUUUUAUUGAAACUUGAUACCGGCGCUCAAUGUUUAUCACAGUUUCAUCACAGUCAUUAA